AAAUCUUAGUCUCCGAAAAUUGAUCUAAAAUUAAGUGCUUGAUUGUGAUAAAUCGGCUGAGGGUGACUUUGUCUGUUUCAGCGUCGGACAGCUCCUUCAGUGCUUCAUCGGUUUCAGCGCCGGACAGCUCCUUCACCGCUCCACCAAACACCGCUUCGAGAUUGACAGAAGAAGCGGCCACACGCGGAUCAAUGGCGCUCCUGGAGCCCCUAUGAGACGACGAAGACGACGGGCUUUGAAAGCGCACGGAUCCUGAUGUUGCUUCUUCGUGGCUUUUAUAGGCCUGCUUAAUGCUUGCUGUGGUCGGAAGAGGGCGGAGUGCGUUUGCCAUCCAAGUGAGAAGCUCCUCGACUCGGUGCCUCCUAAAAAAAGCAUAUAAAUAUAAUAAUAACCGCCCCUUACCCCUCCCUCCUCCUCGUUUUGAUUCAGUCUGUGUAGCCUACACGCAGAAGGAGAACGUCCGCGGCACAGCAAAGCCAACACAGUCUUGUCUACAGUGUGUGAAAGAGAGGGAGAGAGAGAGGUGGGGGGAAACAGCUGCAAGCGGAUACUCAACAUCAACAAGCUGUAUGAGGCAUCUGUGAGGAAGGAGAAGGCAUUUGACGAGGGAAGGGGUUCCUGGCGGGUUUCCCUCUUUUUGUGAUUUCAAGAACAGAGGCGUGGAGCACAGAAGAAUAUCCUACAAGUGGUGAAGCGAUGGUUUAGCGGGGCAAUUUGAUAGGUUCUCUGUGUUUUUUCUACAGCACACUCGCCCGACGACACUGUUAAUUCCGAGCAGCAAUCACCCAAACAUCUGUGGUCGCUCUCUUGCGGGAGAUGGCUGUUUUCCGGCUGUCGCUGCUGCUGCAAGUUGGAUUUGUGAUUGGAUCAAACCAUAAAUACGCGGAAUGGUCAGGGCACGGGGAGGAUAACGGGGCACGGGAGGCGAUUCACGGCGCUCAGACGCACCGCUGGCAGCUGGCGCAUCUCCGUGCGCCUCAUCACGCUGCCGGGGAGACGGCGGAGCUGCCGCAGAAGACAGACGAGCUUCUACCCAGGGUCGUCACGGCUUUUUUACACACCGGGGACUCGACCACCUUAAAGCAUGCCAACUGCUCGCGAAAGUACGAGCUCACCUCUCUGCGGGGAAGGUCACACGCUACCCCGCAUUACUCCAUGAGCAGCGUGCUGGAUACGGUGCUGCACGCCACAAACUUCCUCAACAUGAUCCUGCAAGCCAACAGGUCCAGGGAGCACAACCUCCGGCGAGACAUUGAGUGGUACCACGCGUUAGUCAGGAGUAUACUGGAGGGAGACGCCAAGAUUCACCGGGCGGUUGUUACUUUUAGCGGGGAUUCAUCCUUCCCGGGGCCCUCGGUGCUUCUUCAAGCCACCAGGGCCGGCGGUGAAAUAGUACUCCAAGACCUCUCCAGCAUGGCCCACCGACAUCUGCACAACCGCACGGCAGAGACAGAGUGGUACCACGAAAUAAAAGACAGGAAGAACCCCAAUUUCCAUAAAAGAGCGCUGAGCCAAGAUUUCAGAUCGGUGGACAAUUCAGUGAAAAGAGGAGAGAGUUUUAUUCCGGACAAGACGCACGUCAGAUGGUCUGCGCCCUACUUGGAGUGUGAGAAUGGGAAUUUUGUUCCCCGUUGGCUUUUGACCUUAUCUGCUGCCUUCUAUGGCCUGAAAUCCAACCUGGCUCCUGAAUUCAGGGGAGUGGUUCGAGUGGACAUUAAUCUACAGGAUGUUGAUAUCGACCAGUGCUCCACUGAUGGCUGGUUUGCUGGAACCCAUCGAUGCAACCUGACCACUAUGGAGUGUUUGCCGAUCCGUGGUCACGGAUUUGUCUUGGACAAGUACAAGUGCCACUGCAGGAAAGGUUUCUAUCAUCCCAACAGAAUAGCUGUCAAUGGUUUUACAAGAAUGGGGAGGAAGGGAAAACCUGCAGAUAGCAGUCCCAACACAGAGGAGGGAUCUUCCAGUGACUGCCUGCCUUGCCAGCAGGGUUGUGCCUACUGUAAAGAUGACACCCCCUGUGUGGUACAAGAGGAUGGCGCUCUUCGCAUGGCUGUGGUCUCUUUCCAGUGCCUCUGCAUGCUGAUCGUCUUCAUUAGCAUGGUCCUUAUAUACCACUUUCGUAGGAAUAAGAGUAUCAGAGCAUCAGGUCUUGUCCUGCUGGAGGCCAUCCUGUGCGGGGCUCUGCUUCUCUACUUUCCGGUUGGGAUUCUCUACUUCCAGCCCAGUGUUUUCCGCUGCAUCCUUCUGCGUUGGGUUCGACUGCUGGGUUUCGCUACCGUCUACGGGAUGCUGACUCUUAAGUUGUACAGGGUGCUGAAGGUGUUCCUGUCCCGUACAGCCCAGAGGAUCCCCUAUAUGACCAGCUGGCGAGUGCUACGUCUGCUGGGCAUCAUUCUGCUCAUCGUCUGCUGGUUCCUGGUGGCUUGGACAUCUGCUGUCUGUCAAAACCCGGACAGGAAGUUGGCUCUCAUCGAGGUGGGCUACACGCCCAAUGGGCUGCAGUUCAGCAUGUGCCUCCUGGAUCGCUGGGACUAUAUGAUGGCUGUUGCCGAGUUCCUCUUCCUGCUGUGGGCGGUCUAUCUGUGUUACGCCGUGAGGACUGUGCCGUCGGCCUUCCACGAGCCUCGCUACAUGGCCAUCGCUGUUCACAAUGAGCUUGUGCUGUCAGCUAUAUUCUACAUCAUCAGGUUCACUCUCGCUCCUGAGCUGCAUCCAGACUGGAUGCUGCUCCUGUUCUUCACCCACACUCACCUAACUGUCACUGUCACCCUGGGUCUUCUACUCAUUCCUAAGUUCCUGUUUGCUGGCACCCACAUGAGAGACGAUAUCGCGUCUGAGGCCUAUGAGGACGAGUUGGACAUGGGUCGCUCUGGAUCGUACCUCAACAGCAGCAUAACGUCAGCAUGGAGCGAGCACAGCCUGGACCCUGAGGACAUCAGGACACCAGACGAAAUGGGCCAUCUCAAUUCUAUUAAUGGCUGUGGCAUAAGAUCUUGCGACAGCCUUUGGGAAAAACGUGCCAACGAAGAGCUGAAGAAACUGUACUCCCAGUUGGAGAUUUACAAAAGGAAGAAGAUGCUAGCAAACAACCCUCAUCUCCAGAAAAAGCGAAGCUCUAAGAAAGGGUUAGGUCGCUCGCUGAUGAGGCGCAUCACAGAGAUUCCCGAGUCCGUGCAUCGCCAGUGCAGCCGUGAAGAGAAGGAGGCGGGAGAGCAUGGCAGCAAUCGUAACAGCAUCUCCAUGCUGAAGAAAACCCCCUUGGAUACGACUCACCCAGCAAAACCAGCGAAGGAAGAGACACUGAAGAACAAGGUGUUCUCCCUGAAGAAGUCACACAGUAGCUAUGAUCACGUCCGGGACCAGAAUGAGGACUCCAGCAGCACUGUAAAUGAUAAGAUUGAUGAGAACACAGCUGAAGGGUCCCUCCUGGAUACACUUAUGGGCAAGAAGCUGGUCAAGAAGACAUCCAGUGAGAACAUAAACGCCCCCAGUGAAUCUACAGAAUCAGUUCCCUUGGUAUGCAAGUCAGCAAGCGCCCAUAAUCUCUCUGCAGACAAGAAACCAAUUCAUCCUAGAGCCUCCAUGCUGCAGAAGUCCCUCAGUGUCAUUGCUAGUGCCAAAGAGAAGACUUUGGGCUUGACUGGAAAGACCCAGGGUACAGAGGAAAGCAAUAAGAAGAGUCAGCCAAAGAGCAAAGACACAAAGGCAAAUGUAGAGCCAGAAAAUGAAUGCCAACCCAAGAUGAUUAUCAGCCAGUCAGUCGAGUACAAACAAAGCACCACAAAAGGCAUAAUCAUGAAACAGCCAGUUAGUGGCAGCCAACCGACAAUCUGCUCCGACCCCAUUAAGGGAAAAGACCUCUAUGAUCUCUCAGAAGUAUGCCCCUGGGAGGUGGAAGAUCUCCCAACUCCAUCUGAAAAUAAGGUUCAAAAGCAUGUAUCUAUUGCACCAAAGGAAACCACAACUGUUCAUGGAGGUAGCACAAAAGGAGCCAAGUCUCAGAAGCAGAAAGGUUCUGAUCAUUCUCCAUCCAGUGGCAGGCACCCAAAGGAGAUUCAGAGGUCAUCGGCUAUUCGAGCAGAGGUGUGCCCAUGGGAAGACAGAGGUGAGAGUCAAGCCAGUCAAGCGGAACCAUCGAAGCAAUCGAUGUCUCAGUCUAAAGCCCAGCAGCCUCCAUCUUCAGUUGAAAGCUCCAGAACACAUCGGGCAGAUGUUUGUCCCUGGGACUUCGAAGAGCUGAAAAAACCAACAGAGUCAGCUCACUCACCAGACGUGACAAAGCAGAAAAAGGGAACCUCUCCAAUGGAUGUGAGAGAUCCACCUAAAGGAUCACUCCAGCCACUAAUAUCAAAAGUCGACGUCUGUCCAUGGGAAUUCGACAACAGUGCAGCUGCUCCAAAUUCAGAGAGGAUACCCAGCCCCUCACAAGCACCCAAAACCAAGGAGUCCCCUUCUAAAAAGAAAGGGCCCCCUUUCACAAGAACAGUUGACCAAGAAAAAUCAAAAGACACUGAUGAUGAGAAAAGCAGAACAAAGGUGAAGGACAAGAGUAAAUCUUCAGAGAAACAUGUCGGCCAGCAAAGAAUGGCCGAGGUCUGCCCGUGGGAUGUAGAGAGUCACCAGGAAAUGCUGCUGGUAGAAAAAAGGAAAAGCGCUAAUGUUGGAGCAGCCAAAGAAAAGCAGGCGGAAGUCUGUCCGUGGGAUUUUGAGGAAAAAACGGGUACAGACAAAAGUGCUUCUGCAGUGAAACAGAGCAAACCAACUCCUAAAGGGGGGCCUGUAGGUGCUGCUAAAAAGGCAGAUGUUUGUCCCUGGGACUUUGAGGAUAGUACGUCGAGCAAGAAAGCAUGACACUCAACCUUAAUGGACCACUGAUAUAUUAUAAUUAUUGAUGUAUACUUUUUUUCCACUUUGAAAUCGUUAAAUAUCACCUUUUACUAUUAGUACGGUGACUUGGAAGCAAAGUUGAUCCACAAGUUGCCUUCCUUUCCAAGGUUUUGUUCCUGUUUUAUCUAUUUUGGAAAAAAGUGAAAUCUACAAAAAAAAAAGUCAUGAUGAGCAUUCCAGAUUAUUACAGGAAACUCCUGAAGAGAAAUUGUAGACUAAUUAUGCAACUUUUAAUUCAGUCUUUUCACUUCAUAAGCAAUGUUAAACAUCCAUGUUCACCAUGUCAGCUGUUCUUACAUUUUUUUUGCUAUGAUUAGUUCUUGGACGAGACUGUAGAGACAAAUAUUGAUGUGUAUAAACAAGAAAGUAUAAAAUUAAGGUUGAAUUGCAUAACAGGGAAAGUGAAAGCCAAAGAACAAGUGAACAGUUGCAAAGAGGGAUGCAGGUCUCGAAGCUCUAAAGUUAAUUUAUUAGUUUUUGUCCUUGGCGUAGGAAAGAAAUCAGUCUAUAGCACUUUAGCCAAUUUCACAAAUUAAGAACUGAGGACAGGUUAUGUCCAACUUGUACAUUUUGUCUUCUUAUUUUCAACCACAUGGCAUGAUAUCACACACGAUAUAACACACUGACCAAACUCAGACAUGUUUUGUUUGUUUGUUUGUUUGUUUUUUGUUUAGAUCUAUUUAAUUGUAGUUCUCGGCAGAUUAAAAUGCUUCCAAGUCUGCGGAGAUGUACUGUAUGUGCCUAUCUAACUAGCAUUGUCUUGUAUCAGUCUGAAGAGAAGCGAGUGUCUUCUUCUUCAGCAUUUUGUGAUGGUGAAUUAUAUAAACAGCAUGCACAGCCAGGUAUCGAGAGUAGAUGAAGCCUACCGAUUUGUCUACUAAAACAGUUAAUGUGUUGGCAAAUCUAUAAUGUUGUUUUCAGUUCACUUUUUUGAGACCCUGUUUUAUAGUUUCAAAAGCUAAAGGGUGAUAUUUGAGAGCAGCGUUAACAUGAAUGUGUCAGAUAUGUUCACAUAUGUCAAAAGUAGUGAAGGAAAAGUUAUUUGCACCAGCUUUGUGUAUGAAUCCAGCUUGGAUCUUCGUCUUGCACCAAAUGUGAGUAAGUGUGUGCCUGAGGAUGCAAUAUUUAAAGGACAAAUGAGAUGCAGAAAAAUUUGCAGAAGAUCUGUUCUUGCCUUUGUGUUUACCGUCCUACUGCCUCAACGUAAAAA